AUGAAGUGGUUGAUUUUAAGCAGUUUUCUAGUAUGUUGGGCGAGGUUCGGGGUUCGAUGCGAACAGGCAGCGCUAUCGGAAGCUCAGCUCGAACAAUCUAUAGAAGUACAAUGCCUAGUCGGCACAGAAUGGGAAACCAAUUGCUACCAAUGUCGGUGUCUUCCUUCGGGCAUUGCACAGUGUCGGAAGCAGGAAUCUUGUGAUACAAGUCCCGGCGCCGAACCAAUCAUGUGCAAGCCCAACACAGUGUUCUACCGGGACUGCAAUAGUUGCUUGUGUCUCGCCAAUGGAAACGUUCAAUGUUCUACUAACACUUGCCAGCGGUCUGACACUCCAAAGAAAUCCUAUUUGCUACCAGGUAAGGAGUGUGCCCCCGGGUCGAAAUGGAUGAGUCAAUGCAACGAGUGCACCUGCAGCUCUGAAGGUCAUCCCACGUGCACCGAAACGAAAUGUCCGGGUCAGGAAACCGAGAGAAAGUUAAGCUGUGCUCCGGAAACAGUGUGGAAGGAUGACUGCAAUAGGUGUUGGUGUUCAUCUGACGGUUACGCUCUGUGUACAAAAAUGGGAUGCAGUGUUGUUACCGCUCUUGAUUUCAAUGUUGAUUCAGAGGACAAGGAAAUCGGCGAACUAGAACCGGCACUAAAAUCAAAUGUAAAAGAAGUAAACGGUACAAAAGCAAUCAUCUGUUCUGCCAACCGAAUGUUUAUUAAAGACUGCAAUACUUGUUGGUGUAACGAAGACGGCACAAGCUACUUCUGCACUAGAAAGGUCUGCGUGGAACUGCCGGAGGAAGUUGUCGCGGAAGUAAAGUCAGAGCAAAACGCCCGUAUUGUUAUGAAACAAUGUCGUCCGGACGAAGUGUUCGAGAUAGACUGUAACAUGUGCCGUUGUAAUGCUGAUGGGAAGUCGUUCUCUUGCACAAGGAGGGCUUGCUACCCAGAAGAUGAUAUGAAGGAUACGUCGCUUAUACGGAAAACACGAGCGUCACCGCAGGAGCCGCCGAAAGCUUGCCAGCCGGGUCAAGAGUUCCGCAUGGACUGCAAUAAGUGCCUCUGCGAUAACGAGGGUCAGGACUUCUCUUGCACGCGUAUCGAUUGCAACGCGCUCAACAACAACAACAAUGGCGGAGCCAGGAGGAAAAGAGACACAACCGAGGAGGUGACUGUUAACUGCACAGCGGGCACCGUAUUCCAAAAGGGGUGCAACGUGUGCCGAUGUGGCGAAGACGGUCUGCGCGCCACCUGCACCGCACACGACUGCGACCAGAUCAAAGUGGAGCACGGCGACGAUGCGUCCGAUGCAGAUUCUAAUUUCCGUUGUAACCCCGGGGAACAGUUCAAACGCGAGUGCAACGACUGCACUUGCUCCGCCGACGGCAAGAGCGUGUUCUGUACAAUACGUCUUUGUUUCAUGUACCAACCCUGA